AUCUCAUCUUCUCCCCAGUCCCUAUUUUUGGAACAUUUUCCUUACCCAGCAUCUAUUCUCUCUCUCUCUCUCUGAAGGUUUCUGAAAAGUGUUCAAAGAACUGAGAGUUUGGAUUUAAGAUCAGACCCAACAGUAAGAGAACAGAAACCAACCAGUCUGAAAAAGUCAGAAAGGGACUAGAGUUAACACAUAAAGCUAACUAUAUAGUUUAAGUGAUCACGGUGCUCAAGUGGUGGUGGCGGCUUGUAGCUUGUGUACCAGGCAAAGCCGCAAAGGACCAUAUAUAUGAUCACUUUCUCUCUCUAUUACUAUUGCUGCUGAUUCUGUGGCACUUUAUGGAAGUGAAAGAGAAGGUGUGUGGUGGUGUUAGGAGCUUUUGAUCUUCUUCCUACUUGUUGGGCUUUCCCUUUAAAGAUUAUAAUAUUAUUUUAUUUAUAGGUUUUUUUUGGGUGAUCUUCCUUAUUUUAUUAUUAUUUUUAUUGAUUUUUUUAAUAAUUUGUUGGAUGUGGCCCUUAGAGAAUGAAAUAAUUGAGAGGAUUUGAUUUGGGCAAAGCUUAUUUUGGAUGUAUUUAAAUGAUGGAGUAUUGGUCCACUUGGCCUAAUUAAAGAGAGAAGAUAGUAGAGGUGAUCAGAUCAUCAUGGCUCUAUCUGCUACUAUUUCUGAGGAGAUAUCUUCUGAACUUACCUUCCUAGGUUGGUUUUCAGGGUUUACCAUGUUAAGCUAUCUGAACAAUUUUUGAAAAGCAGUGGCGCACCACCUCUUUCUCCACUUCUGCCACCACUCAAACCCCACCACCACCACCACCGACACCAAAGUCCACCAACUCCGGCGACUCUUGAAUUUUAUAACGUAAUAUUUCCUUCUCUAGACUGUUGCAGGAUCAGUAGAAGAGAUCUUCUUCUAUGGCUCAAGGGAAACCCAGGAACUUGGCUGCUUCUUCUUCUAGGUUUUCUUAUUUGGGUAGCUCUUCUAAUAACCCAACAAUUCAUAUCCCAAGUUAUGAAACAAAUUCAGAGCUCUUUAAUUUGACUAAUGGGAUGGAGAUGUUAGGGUUUCCUCCCUCUAAGAAUAUCUCAACUGGGUUUUCUGAAGGAACGAGUCAAAGCUUGAUCAUGGAAUCGGGGUGGCAAGAUACCAGGUUAAUAGUGGAUGAUUCAUCUUUGAGAUGUGUGUUACCCUGUGAAAGAAACGAGUCACGGCCGAGUCAAGGUCUCUCUCUUUCUCUCAGUUCAAACAAGCCUUCUAGUAUUGGAAUACAGUCUUUUGAGCUCAUGCCAUCCAACUUAAGAGAUGGGUUCUUUGGGAAAUCUCCAAAUCUUCAAGACCAAGAUGGGUUUGUAAAUCUUCAUCAAACACAGACUCACUUUGAGCUCAAGAACUCAAAGUACUUAGUUCCUGCUCAGGAUCUUUUGAAUGAGUUCUGUAAUCUCAGAAUAAAGCAAACAGAUCAAUUGAAGCAGAAACCACAGAAGACUAAUCAAUGGGAAGAUGACAACAAUGGUUCUCGGAGACAAUCUUUUUAUAGUACUUCAGACGUUCUUGAAUUGCAGAAAAGAAAAUCCAAAUUGAUUUCCAUACUUGAAGAGGUGGAUAGAAAAUACAGGCAAUACUGUGAUAGGAUGAAGGCUGUGAUGUCAUCUUUUGAAGCAGUAGCCGGUGCCGGAGCGGCGGCAGUGUAUUCGGCGUCGGCAUCUAAGGCUAUGUCAAGGCAUUUUAGGUGUCUGAGAGAUGGGAUUGUGGGACAGAUAAAGGCAACCAAGAAAGCAAUAGGAGAGAAAGACCCAGUUGCACCAGGAACAACCACAGGAGAGACACCAAGAUUGAGACUUCUUGAUCAAACCCUAAGGCAGCAAAGGGCAUUUCAACAGAUAAGCAUGAUGGAGAGUCAUCCUUGGAGACCUCAAAGAGGCCUCCCUGAACGAUCUGUUUCUGUUCUUAGAGCCUGGCUCUUUGAACAUUUUCUUCACCCGUAUCCAAGUGAUGUGGAUAAACACAUAUUAGCUCGCCAAACUGGUCUUUCAAGAGGCCAGGUUUCAAAUUGGUUCAUCAAUGCAAGGGUGAGGCUAUGGAAACCCAUGGUGGAGGAGAUUUACUUAGAAGAAACAAAGGAGGAGCACCAAGACAAUGUUGGGUCAUCAUCAGAUGGGGUACUUGCAGGGCUCCACAACAACCAUAUUUCUCAUCAGGACCAGAAGCCCACAGCUGAUCAACUUGUCCGAGGCAACUCAGAUUCUCUAUCUUCUAUCAUCAGCAACCCAGACAAAGAAGAAGAUAGUAGAAAGCAUCACAGACAACAACAACAACAACAACAACAACACUACCACCAACAACAACUACAGCAACAUCGACAGCAGUUUGGGAGAUCAGUAGCAGAAACAUUUGGUGUUGUGGACUUAGACUUCUCCUCCUAUAAUCAUCAUCAGACAGCCAACACUGUUUCUUAUGGAAAUGAUGGUGGUGUCCAUCACAACUUUGGCAAUGGUGUGUCUCUAACUCUAGGAUUGCAACAGAACUCUCUCUUCUUCCCCAGAGAUCACCUUGAAGAUUGUCAAUCAGUUCAGUAUUCCAUUCUGGAGGGGGAGGGGCAGAAUCUACCUUACAGGAACUUGAUGGGAGCACAGUUGCUCCAUGACUUGGCUGGGUAGCUGGAGAUAGUACCCUACUUUUAGACUACAUGCUGUGGAGUGAGGAUGGUGAUGGAAGAUAGAUAGAAUUACAUGGUAAUAUUGAUACAUACUUUAAAAAGUUCCAUAUGGUUAUGAAGAAAUUAAAAUGGGUAAUGUUCCACGUACUUUAGCUAUAUCAUGGUAGUAUACUUAGAUUAUGAUACUUCGAUAGGAUGAAAGUGGAUUGUUAUUGUCAUUCAUUGGUGGCAGAGUUUAUAGAUACUUCUUCUUUUAUUUCAGUUCAUGAUAGUAGUAACUUGUAUAUUCAUUUUCUUCA